AUUGCGCAUCCCGUCGCAGCAGGCCGGAGGGACGGUGUUCUGGUCGCCUUUGCCUUCCGCGUAGCUCAGGCACGGCCCGGCUUUGCUCCUCACGUCGUUGCAUCCGACCACGGCGGCGUCGGAUCUCGUGGCGGAGUGGCUGAUCAUCACAAGGACAAGGAGGGAGGAAACUGCCAUGAUAUUCACCAUCAUCAUCCUAAGCUUGGCGGAAGAGUUCAUUGCGGAUCGAUUUUUAAAACAAAAGGUUGGGGAAAUGAGUUUGGUGUAUGUUUCACAAGUGGGGAGGAAAAAGAAACAGGAAUAAUUGUCGGCUCAAACAAAAACGAUGGGAGAUUACCAGCAAAUACAAAAGCAAAUGUGGCUACAUAGAAAAUGCGC